AUGGCCGAGUUAGACCGGGUCCCUCCCUCCACCACAGCAUAUGUGAUAGCUACAGCGAUCCUCGCUGGCAUCACUGGUUACUUCAUUGGACAGGGCGCCUCAUUGGGACUAUUUUCCUCGGCCAAAGAGAAGGAAGGCUGGCCCAACAGCUACAAUGUGAAGGUCCCGCAGCAUUCCUCCGAUGAAGACGAAGACUACGAAGAUGAUAGCGAGGAGGAAGGCGAUGGUGGCGAGCUAGCCAAUUUCGACAACAACGAGGAAGUGAAGCUUGUGCUGGUUGUGCGGACGGAUCUGGGCAUGACCAAGGGCAAAAUCGCCGCCCAGUGCUCGCAUGCAACGCUCGCCUGCUACAAAUACCUCAUUGCGCAUAAUCCACAGUCACCUGUCCUGCGGAGAUGGGAACAACAGGGACAAGCAAAGAUCGCCUUGCAGACAAAGUCGGAGGAGGAAUUACAGUUGCUGCAAGCACAGGCGAUGAGCUUAGGCCUCUGCGCUCGCGUGAUCCAGGAUGCUGGACGGACACAGAUCGCCAGCGGAAGCAGGACGGUACUUGGAGUUUUGGGGCCAAAGAGUGUGGUGGAUCAAGUGACGGGGCAUCUAAAGCUGUUGUAA